AUGGACGUGGAGCCGGUAUCACCGUCCCGGGACCACAAUCACAGUAACUGUCCGGAGUUCGGAGGGAACGUCACCUCAGUGGGGCUGUUAUUGCUACCGUCACUGCCCCCCCCCUAUUGUACAUCAUCAUGCCAACCGCAAGGUAUUAUUAACAUCAUUAUCGUCUCCGCGUUACUCCAAGGCGUCUCCGGCCGCUUCUCCUACGCUGACCUCGUUCUGCCCGUGUUGUUCGGCGUCAUUUGUCUGCUUGGGAUCGCUGGGAACCUGACCGUCAUCGCCACGGUGCUGAAGAUGUCAAAGCUGCGACGGUGCAACUCGGUGCCCGACAUCUACAUCCUCAACCUCUCCCUGGUGGACCUGCUCUUCCUGCUGGGAAUGCCCUUCCUAAUCCACCAGCUCCUCGGCAAGGGCGCCUGGCGUUUCGGCGAGACCUUGUGCACCCUCAUCACCGCCGUCGACUCCAGCAGCCAAUUCACCAGCACCUACAUCCUGACGGCUAUGUCCGUCGACCGCUACCUCGCCACCGUCCAUCCCAUCACCUCCACCCGUUACCGGACUCCCUCGGUCGCCCUGUGCACCGUCUGCUUCCUCUGGCUCCUCUCGUUGGCCAGCGUCACCCCAGUGUGGAUGUACACAAGGCUCAUCCCCUUCCCCGGGGGCCAGGUGGGCUGUGGCAUCAGUCUGCCCAGGCCCGAGGUGGACAUCUGCUGGUACACCCUCUACCAGUUCUUGCUGGCCUUCGCCCUGCCCUUGGCGGUCAUCGUCACCGCCUACGCCAGGCUCCUCCAGGCCGUGACCUCUGCUGUCGCGCCGGUCACCCAGAGAAGCGUCAGACUGAGGGCCAAGAAGGUGACCCACACGGCGGUGGCAAUAUGUCUGCUGUUCUUUGGGUGCUGGGCUCCCUUCUACACCCUGCAGUUGCUGCAGCUGACCGUGCGCCAACCCACCCCGAGCUUUCACGUGGCCUACAACGUGGCCAUCAGCCUGGGCUACGCCAACAGCUGCCUGAACCCCUUCCUCUACCUGGCGCUGUGCAGGACCGCCCGCCAGCGAAUGGCUGUGCUGUUCAGGUCCACACAGGGGCAGGGGCGGGGGCAGGAAACUCGCCCCACCCAACACCCAGAGCCCAUUCCCCCCACCCCGACACCCAGGGCGGAGAUACCCAAACCCCCAACACCCGGAGUGGAGCACCCACCACCCUCCACCCCUCCUGAUCCCGAACCCCAGCCCGGGUCCAACUCCCCGGCUUGUCCUCCCGUCGCGAAAGGCCGUAGCUCAGAGCGCCAGCGGCAAGUAAGGACCCGCUCCGUUAGCCGAGCGGCGGAUCGCAUCUCUUAG